CGAGUAAAUAAGCUCGGGUAGGGGGGCGGUUCUUGCCUGCCGUUCCGGUUUCUGGAUCUGUCCCGGUUCCAAUCACGCCACCACUUGGGUCUGUCUGCCGCCUUCUUCAUGGGUCUGGAGCUCUACCUAGACCUGUUGUCCCAGCCAUGCCGCGCCGUCUACAUCUUCGCCAAGAAGAACCGCAUCCCCUUCGAGCUGCGCACCGUGGACCUGCUCAAAGGCCAGCACUUCAGCGAUGCCUUUGCCCAGGUGAACCCCCUAAGGAAGGUGCCAGCCUUGAAGGAUGGAGACUUCACCUUGGCUGAGAGCGUGGCCAUCCUGCUGUAUCUUAGCCGAAAGUAUGAGACCCCUGACCACUGGUACCCCCAGGACCUGCAGGCCCGUGCCUGUGUGGAUGAGUACUUGGCGUGGCAGCACACGGCUCUGCGGAGUGCCUGCACCCGAGCCAUGUGGCAGAAGAUGAUGUUUCCUGUGUAUCUGGGUGUACUGGUGCCCCCUGAGACAUUGGCAUCUACUCUGGCUGAGCUGGACAAGUGCCUGCAGCUGCUUGAGGACAAGUUUCUAAAGGAUAAAGACUUCCUUGCUGGGCCCCACAUCUCGGUGGCUGACUUGGUGGCCAUCACAGAGCUGAUGCAUCCCGUCAGCGCUGGCUGCCCUGUCUUCAAAAACCGACCCAAGCUGGCUGCCUGGCGCCAGCGUGUGGAGGCUGCGAUCGGGGAGGACCUCUUCCAGGAGGCCCACAAAACUAUCCUGAAGGCCAAGGACCUGCCUCCAGCAGACCCUGCUGUGAAAGAGAGGCUGAAGCCUUUGGUGCAGGUUUUGUUGCACUGAGCAGGGACACACCUUGCAGCCAAUGACGGAGACUUGUCAAAAUAAAGAGACGGAGCUGCAUGUCUCCUUGGCCAUGAGCAAGAUACCCUGCACAGUCUCUGGUCCCCAGGUCCCUCCUGUUCCUUCUUUGGUCUAUCUCCUUAUUUUACUUUUGCCCCUUCCACUCCAACUUGCAUGUGAUUUCUGGGAAGAGCUUUAGUAAAUACAUGUUUGACCCUGC